AUGAAGGACCUUGCUGUAAGUGGGUUCUGGAAGGCCCAUGUGCUAAGGGCGUGGUCCUAUGCUGGUGCUGCAGUAGACAAUAGAAAUGUGAAGAGCUGGACCCCAGUGGCAGGUCUUCCACACGUGGAGGGUGCUCCUUUACAGGGCAUAGCCCGGCCUCCACCUCUUCCUCCCCCCACCGGCCAUGAGGGGAGCAGUUUUGUUUCACCAUGCACCUUUGCCGUGAUGUGCUACUGCCUUGCCGUGGUCGCCUAUCACUAUUGUCAAGCAGAUAAUGCCUACACUUGCCUGGUACCAGAGUUUGUCCACAAUGUUGCUGCACUGCUGUGCCGCUCACCCCAGCUGACAGCGUAUCGGGAACAGCUUCUUAGAGAGCCUCACCUGCAAAGCAUGCUGAGCCUUCGGUCCUGUGUGCAGGACCCUAUGGCCUCCUUCCGGAGAGGAGUCCUGGAGCCCCUAGAGAAUCUCCAUAAAGAGAGAAAAAUCCCAGAUGAAGAUUUCAUCAUUUUAAUUGAUGGAUUAAAUGAAGCAGAAUUUCACAAACCGGAUUAUGGGGAUACAAUUGUAUCAUUUCUGAGUAAAAUGAUUGGAAAAUUUCCUUCUUGGCUCAAACUAAUUGUAACAGUUAGGACCAGUUUACAGGAAAUUACCAAGUUGCUGCCUUUCCAUAGGAUCUUUUUGGAUCGACUAGACGAGAAUGAAGCCAUAGACCAGGACCUGCAGGCUUACAUCCUGCACCGGAUUCACAGCAGCUCAGAGAUCCAGAAUAACAUUUCACUCAACGGCAAAAUGGACAAUGCUACCUUUGGCAAACUAAGUGCUCAUCUGAAGACUCUCAGCCAGGGCUCCUAUCUGUACCUGAAGCUCACGUUUGACCUCAUAGAAAAAGGCUAUCUAGUGCUGAAGAGUUCUAGCUACAAAGUGGUUCCUGUUUCCCUCUCAGAGGUCUAUUUACUCCAAUGCAAUAUGAAGUUCCCAACGCAGUCUUCCUUUGACCGGGUGAUGCCCCUCCUGAAUGUGGCGGUCGCCUCACUCCACCCGCUGACUGAUGAGCACAUCUUUGAGGCCAUCAAUGCGGGUAGCAUCGAAGGCACACUAGAAUGGGAGGACUUUCAGCAGAGAAUGGAGAACCUCUCCAUGUUCCUAAUCAAGCGCAGAGACAUGACUCGGAUGUUUGUACACCCUUCUUUUCGAGAAUGGCUUAUCUGGAGAGAAGAAGGAGAAAAGACUAAAUUUCUCUGUGAUCCCAGGAGUGGUCACACAUUACUUGCCUUCUGGUUUUCCCGCCAAGAGGGAAAACUAAACCGGCAGCAGACUAUUGAACUGGGACAUCAUAUCCUUAAAGCACACAUCUUUAAGGGUUUGAGCAAAAAAGUUGGUGUAUCAUCUUCCAUCCUCCAAGGUCUCUGGAUCUCCUACAGCACAGAAGGUCUCUCCAUGGCACUGGCUUCUUUACGCAAUCUAUAUACUCCAAAUAUAAAGGUCAGCAGACUGCUGAUUUUGGGAGGUGCCAAUAUUAAUUACCGGACAGAGGUCUUAAACAACGCUCCAAUUCUAUGUGUCCAGUCUCAUCUUGGUUACACAGAAAUGGUGGCCCUGCUCUUAGAGUUUGGGGCCAAUGUGGAUGCCUCCUCCGAAAGUGGCCUGACUCCCCUGGGCUAUGCAGCGGCAGCAGGGUUCCUGAGCAUCGUGGUGCUGUUGUGCAAGAAACGGGCCAAGGUGGAUCAUUUGGAUAAGAAUGGGCAGUGUGCCUUGGUUCAUGCUGCGCUCCGAGGUCAUCUAGAGGUCGUCAAAUUUUUGAUUCAGUGUGAUUGGACAAUGGCUGGACAGCAACAAGGAGUGUUUAAGAAGAGUCAUGCCAUCCAGCAGGCCCUCAUUGCUGCAGCCAGCAUGGGUUACACUGAGAUUGUCUCCUACCUACUUGAUCUUCCAGAAAAAGAUGAAGAAGAAGUGGAGCGAGCACAAAUCAAUAGUUUUGACAGUCUCUGGGGAGAGACAGCCCUGACAGCUGCAGCGGGAAGGGGUGAACUGGAGGUGUGCCGUCUGCUCUUGGAGCAAGGUGCUGCAGUGGCCCAGCCAAACCGACGAGGGGCAGUACCCCUCUUCAGCACUGUUCGCCAGGGCCACUGGCAGAUUGUUGAUCUUCUGCUUACCCAUGGAGCUGAUGUCAACAUGGCAGAUAAGCAGGGUCGCACUCCCCUGAUGAUGGCUGCCUCAGAAGGCCAUCUAGGAACUGUUGACUUUCUGCUUGCACAAGGUGCCUCCAUUGCUCUAAUGGACAAAGAAGGGUUGACAGCACUCAGCUGGGCUUGUCUGAAAGGCCAUCUCUCAGUAGUACGCUCACUGGUGGAUAAUGGAGCUGCCACAGACCAUGCUGACAAGAAUGGCCGCACCCCACUGGACCUGGCAGCUUUCUAUGGUGAUGCUGAGGUGGUCCAGUUCCUGGUGGACCAUGGGGCCAUGAUCGAGCACGUUGACUACAGUGGAAUGCGCCCUUUGGACAGGGCGGUAGGGUGCCGGAACACUUCUGUUGUGGUCACUCUCCUGAAGAAAGGAGCCAAAAUAGGUCCAGCCACAUGGGCGAUGGCCACCUCCAAACCAGACAUCAUGAUCAUCCUGUUGAGCAAGCUGAUGGAAGAGGGGGACAUGUUCUAUAAGAAAGGUAAAGUAAAGGAAGCUGCUCAACGCUACCAGUAUGCUCUGAAGAAAUUCCCUAGAGAAGGGUUUGGUGAAGACCUGAAAACCUUCCGGGAGCUAAAGGUGUCUCUCCUUCUCAACCUCUCUCGAUGUCGUCGGAAAAUGAAUGAUUUUGGAAUGGCGGAGGAAUUUGCUACUAAGGCCCUGGAGCUGAAACCGAAAUCUUAUGAAGCUUACUAUGCAAGAGCAAGGGCAAAACGCAGCAGCAGACAGUUUGCAGCAGCCUUAGAGGACCUGAACGAGGCCAUCAAGCUAUGUCCAAACAACCGUGAGAUCCAGAGACUCCUGAUGAGAGUGGAGGAAGAAUGCAGACAGAUGCAGCAACAGCAGCAGCCAGCUCCUCCACAGCAGCAGCCUCAGCAACAGUUACCAGAAGAGACAGAGCCUGAGCCACAGCCUGAAGAUGUAUACUCCAUACAAGAUGUAUUUGAGGAGGAAUACCUGGAACAGGAUGUUGAAAAUAUUUCCAUUGGCCUCCAGACAGAGACUCGUCCCAGUCAGGGGCUCCCAAUAAUCCAGAGCCCACCCUCCUCUCCAGCCCACAGGGAUUCAGCCUACAUCUCUAGUUCACCUCUUGGCUCUCAUCAGGUUUUUGACUUCCGGUCCAAUAGUUCUGUAGGUUCUCCCACUAGACAAGGAUAUCAGUCCACCUCACCUGCUCUUUCUCCAACUCACCAGAACUCUCAUUACAGGCCUAGUCCCCCACAUACUUCCCCAGCUCAUCAGGGUGGAUCUUACCGUUUUAGCCCCCCUCCUGUGGGAGGGCAGAGCAAAGAAUACCCAAGCCCUCCUCCUUCCCCUCUUCGCAGAGGUCCUCAGUAUCGGGCCAGCCCUCCAGCUGAAAGCAUGAGUGUCUAUAGAUCCCAGUCUGGUUCGCCUGUGCGCUAUCAGCAAGAAACAAGUGUCAGCCAGCUUCCUGGCAGACCAAAAUCUCCAUUAUCUAAAAUGGCCCAACGUCCCUACCAGAUGCCCCAGCUUCCCGUGGCAGUUCCCCAGCAAGGGCUCAGGCUACAGCCUGCUAAGGCCCAGAUUGUGAGAAGCAGCCAGCCCAGCUCAGCAGUUCACUCAAGCACUGUCAUCCCCAGCGGAGCCUAUGGCCAGGUUGCCCAUUCAAUGGCCAGUAAAUACCAGUCUUCGCAAGGAGACAUGGGAGUAAGUCAGAGCCGGUUGGUUUAUCAAGGGUCAAUUGGGGGACUUGUAGGGGAUGGGAGACCUGUGCAGCAUGUCCAGGCCAGCCUGAGUGCAGGCGCCAUCUGUCAACAUGGCGGAUUGACCAAAGAAGACCUUCCACAGCGACCUUCCUCAGCAUACCGGGGUGGCAUGAGAUACAGCCAAACCCCACAAAUCGGGCGCAGCCAGUCAGCAUCCUAUUACCCAGUGUGUCACUCCAAACUAGACCUGGAGCGCUCUUCCAGUCAGCUGGGUUCCCCUGAUGUGUCUCAUUUAAUCAGAAGGCCUGUUGGUGUGAGCCCUAGUGAAGUCAAGCCCCACCCACCAACACCGCGGCCGCUGCUGCACUCGCAGAGUGUGGGCCUUCGCUUCUCUCCAUCUAGCAAUAGCAUCUCUUCCGCCUCCAGCCUAACUCCCACCUUCCGACCUUCUUCCUCAAUUCAGCAAAUGGAGAUCCCACUGAAACCGGCAUAUGAGAGAUCGUGUGAUGAGCUGUCUCCAGUAUCUCCCACUCAGGGAGGUUACCCCAGUGAGCCUACCCGGUCCAGGACCACACCAUUCAUGGGGAUCAUAGACAAAACAGCCCGGACUCAACAGUACCCCCACCUUCACCAGCAGAAUCGGACCUGGGCCGUGUCAUCUGUGGAUACCGUACUCAGCCCCACAUCUCCAGGCAACCUGCCUCAGCCUGAGUCCUUCAGCCCACCGUCAUCCAUCAGCAACAUUGCCUUUUAUAACAAAACCAACAAUGCACAGAAUGGCCAUUUGCUGGAAGACGAUUAUUACAGCCCCCAUGGGGUGCUGGCUAAUGGAUCCCGGGGAGACCUCUUGGAAAGAGUCAGCCAGGCCUCCUCUUAUCCCGACGUGAAGGUGGCUCGGACCCUACCUGUGGCUCAGGCAUAUCAGGACAACUUGUACAGGCAGUUGUCCCGGGACUCUCGACAAGGGCAGACCUCCCCUAUCAAACCAAAGAGACCGUUUGUGGAGUCUAAUGUUUAA